GCCAGUCCGAACUCGACCGCCGUUGAAAGUGGAUCGUUCAGCGCGACACUUCCCCACCGAAAUCGCCGAGUGCUGACGCGCGACGUGAUACCCAUCGGGGCAGUGGAAGUGUUUCGGCGCGUAAACUUAUAGCGCCGUUCGCGCGCGCGUCGGAGCGCGCAUCCCUCUUCCUCCGUUUAUCGUAGCGUGCUAGGCGUCGCGUUCUCUCCCUCGCGAUCUCGAGGAUCGACGGAUAUUCCUCCGUCCGGUCGGGAGAAGCGAGAUAUACACGCUUUCACGAGAAAAACGGAGGGAAAAGAAAAAAGACAAAAGCCGAAAAAGGAAGAAAGUGGAGAAGGGAUGCGCGUGGCGUGCCGACGCUCGUAGGGGUCUUAUUUUGCGCGGGACCGCGGGAAAGCGCGUAAACAUGACCGCGUGAAGCGCGGUUCUCCUUUUGCGAGGUAGAGCAAAAUUCUCCGGAGACGGAGACGCGCAGCAGGACCGCCGCAAUGGAUCGCGUCGUUACCUACGCGUGCAGGCGGUAGUGCUCGUAAGCCGGGGGGUGCUCGGAGCAUCUACGCGGGCGAGAGGAUUUUCAUUUAUCGCCGAACCCCGCGCGCUUUCUCCCUCGGCUCUGCCCCCUCGUCCGCCAUCCCCGUCCCCGUUCUCGUUCCCCGUUUCUCCGUUCUCUUGUCCGCCACCCGCGAGAAUCGUCCGCGCCGCUUAUGAUGGAUAUAUUCUCGACUGGAUUGCUCGGGCCGAAUGGAUUGUCGAUCAACAACGAGAUAGCGACCUAUCACUCGUCCUAUUGCUCACCACCGAUCACGGAAGCGUCCCGAUCUGGUUACGAUUCUAGCAGCGGUGGAGAGUCCGACAACGAGUACAGCACACCGGCUAGUCAGGGCAAUCAAGUACAAAAUCAAGUGUCUAAUCAAAUUCCCGCAAACAUCAAUUACGGACAAGGGAAACACAUAAAUAAAGGACGUUGGACCAAAGAAGAAGACGCUUUAUUGAAACAGCUAGUGAGCAACGCGGAACAGCAAGGCACUGGUCUGCGAUGGGACAUCAUAGCUGGCCAGUUCCCGGAUCGGAGCGACGUACAGUGCCAACAGAGAUGGGCGAAGGUCGUGAACCCGGAGCUGGUCAAGGGCCCGUGGACGAAGGAGGAAGAUGAGAAAGUGGUGGAACUUGUAGAUAAAUAUGGCCCGAAAAAGUGGACGUUGAUAGCGAAGCAUCUUAAAGGCCGGAUUGGCAAACAGUGUCGAGAACGAUGGCACAAUCACUUGAAUCCGGAGAUAAAGAAAACAGCAUGGACGGAGGCUGAGGAUAAGGUAAUCGUCGAGGCCCAUCGUAGGGUCGGCAAUCAAUGGGCAAAGAUCGCUAAGCUUUUGCCGGGCAGGACUGACAAUGCUAUUAAAAAUCAUUGGAAUAGUACGAUGAGAAGGAAAUAUGAAGGCGAAGAAGGAAGAACUGCGACCAAAGGCAGAAGCAAGAGGAAAAAUACGCAAGGCACUACCGCAAGGGAUCCGCUUCUUCUGGAAGAUGAACAGAGUCAGAUGAAGGCCUCGACUAGCAGUUCAACGGCGGGUAGCUCUUCGCAGACUCUCAACUUCGAGUCUAUUGAUUGGAUCAGAAAUUGGGAACAGCAUGUUGGGAACAGCAUUGCAGCGGGAUACCACGCGCUACAGCUAAACAGGCAUACACACGACGAUGAGAAAUGUGCAUCUCCGUCGAAAAGGGAAUCUUCGCGAGCCAAAGCCGAGACAGCCUCGCUAGUACCCAAAUAUUUCAACCUGCAACAAAUAUCAACCGAGACAUCCGGUUCGAAGAGCUCGGAGAUAAAGCUGAUGCCGAUGCCCGACUUGGAAGACAUACCCGAGCAGCACGUGGAGAAGAAGAGUCAGCCACCUAUAUUACGCAGACGCAAAAACGCGCACAGUUUGCUGCAGAGGAUAGACAUCUCCGACAACGGGAAUCAGUCGGAUUACAUCAUAACGAGCCAACAAGUGCAAACGGGAAACACCACCCCCUCGACUCCUAUCAAACAACUUCCGUUCAGUCCUUCGCAAUUCCUCAACAGCCUGAGCCCGUCGGAGACGUCGUGGCCGCGCGCGAGUACGCCCAAGGCGAGCAGUCCUGGCCCGCUUACGACUCCACAGCCUACCGGUUUCCGACGAAGUCAAAAUGACGGUAUUACACCAAGAACACCAACGCCGUUCAAAAACGCUCUUGCCGAGCUCGAACGACGAAGCGGAACGGCACAGUUGCCCUCUACUCCUAGUCGCCUGGACGCACUGACCGAAAUAAUAAAGCAGGAGGUUGAAAACGAGGCUGGAACAAGUACGAUUCAGGAAGAUUCGGGCUACAACAGCAUGAUACGAAGGCGCGGUAAAGAGAACAGUGCUCCAGGAGGGAAGCGCGCGCGGAAGGCUCUUUGUCAGGCUUGGGCAUCUCAGGAUAGUUCCGACAUUAGUUUCCUUGUGGAAACACCAAGUAAAAGUUUGGAGACUUCCACACUGUUCUCACCCGCAUCUAUGGCAUUGGAAGAUAGCUUUUUGACGGCAGGACCCAGUCCUACAAAGACUCCUCACGACUUUACGUCCGUACAACAACGGAAGCCGAAUGCCAAGAGAGCGAUCACGUUUGACGCAUUCGACAGUCCUUAUUGUAUCUUCAGCCCUCUGCCUCUCAGGCCGGUAAAACGCACCAAGACACAAUUGGAAGCGCAGUGGAUAACAGUGGCGUGCGGUCGUACCCGCGACCAGCUUGACAUGACCCGCGCCGCCCGACGCUUCUUGAGCAAUCAUGGAUAUGUGCCGUUGCGCCCACGUUCUUUGAAUUUCUGAGAACAAGAGGAAGGAAUGUAAAAAGCAAAAUACCGGCGCUCGCGGUCGCACUUUGUGGUACAAAAGACGAAAUCGUUAAACUAGUCGUAGAUGAAGAUGUAAGGGCGCUUCCGUUUCAGGAAGGCGCGCGGAUCACUAUCGGUUAUUUCACGCGCUAUGAAUUCGAGAUGUAAAUUAAGCGACGAAUUCGAUCGGUUGACCUCGAUGUGCGUGGAUUAACUCUACACUGCGCGGGUGACAAAGAGGGUACCUUGGAAAAAAAAGCGGAAAUAAAUGAUGGUAAUAACUCUUUCCUUAAUCCUCGGGGAUAACCGAAUUAGACGUGGAUCUAACAUGGAAAUGAACAUAUACAUAUAUCUUCUCUCCUCCGUCUCUUAAACAUCUUCUUUUAAAAAUUAGCAUUUUUAACCGUGCAUUCGUUUCGAAAAAAAAAGUAUAGAUUAUUUAUUCGAACGAUUGUGUGUGUGACACUUUCUAUUGGAAAUUAUUUAUCAUUUGUUGGAGAUUAUUUAUUCGAACGAUUGAUACUUUCUAUUGGAAAUUAUUUAUCUUUCUCUUGCGAGAAAACUGAAUAUAUAUAUGCAAUAAAAGCAGAUGUAGGAGAUGGAGCGAAGAAGUAGCUGUUUCACGAUUUGCAAAAUUUAAACAUUAUGUCACUUUGUAGAAUUGUUCUGUAUUUUGUGAUUUCUUUUUGGAUAUAUUUAUAAAUAUAUAUAUGUAUAUAGCACAUGUAUGUAUAUAUCACGGCGAUCUUGCGCUGCGCGUGAACUUGCCGCGAGACACUACAGUGUCUCUUGAUAUACACACAUAUAGCACAUAGUAUACAUAUAAUACAUAUAUAUCUUUUAUAUAAUGUAUUUAGAUGUAGCCAACAUGCUAGUUUCCCUCCUCAAGCUAGAAUUCUAGAUCCACUUCUGAAGAGGUGCUAAUGAUAGAGUACUGAUAAAUUGAUUCUGUGUAAAGAAAGGAGACCAGGUUCAACCCGUGUGCGCACCGUAGAGUUGAAAGUUUCUCGUCGUUGUACGAAGUUAUGCGUCGUUGUAGAUAUCGUCGGUAAUUUUGGACGCGUCGAGUGCAAUUUGUUGAAUUCGCUUAUACGUAACAUAUACGAAAGCCACAGUGCAACCGAAUUUUCAUCCAGGAUCACGGGGUUGUUGCACUUUAUCGACUUUAAUUCCGUCGCGCCGUUCUCGCCGGAGGUGUAAGUAAUACGAAAAUAGAUCUUUGGCGUCCACGUACGGGAUAAUAAGAAGUAGGAUACUAUAUAUAAUUUUGUAAUUUUAUUUACUACUUUCCCUGUAAACUCCGUCCCGUGGAAGAAUGAUUUCAGUCUGCGUAUUUGAUUAAACGGAAGAGAAGUUUAAAAAAAAAAAAAAAAAAAAAAACCGCGGAAGAUAUAAGUUUAAAACACAAGCAAUAAAUAAACAGCGUCUAUCCCGUGACAUUAAUACGGUUACCAACCUAGAGGCGAAUUUCUAGGGAGGUAUUUCUGGCAGACGGAAAUCAUUCCUUCAUAGAACAAAAACCCGCAAUAAAAUAUAACAGUUCUGCUUCUGUUU